UCUUCUAUAAAUGUAAUCUCUCAUUACUUACCGCUUGCUUUCUUUUAGUCAUUUAUGUUAGUUCUUGUUAAGUUGUGGGGUACAACUAUAGGCUUCUUUUUCAUCAUACUCAACAUGGGCGGCGGCUGUGGCGGUGACUCCUCCGAGGACGUCGUGGUGGUGGAGCUUGGAGAUGAACCCCAUGUUUUAGCUGUGGAUGAUAACCUCAUUGAUAGAAAGCUGGUGGAGAAAUUACUCAAGAACUCCUCCUGCAAAGUGACUACAGCUGAAAAUGCACUGAGGGCUUUGGAUUAUCUGGGACUGGGAAAUGAUACACUGGAAAGCACUGUUUCUAAGGUGAACCUAAUCAUAACAGAUUACUGCAUGCCUGGAAUGACAGGCUAUGAACUGCUCAAGAAAAUCAAGGAAUCAUCGGUUCUCAAGGAAGUUCCUGUCGUGAUCAUGUCGUCCGAGAACAUCCCGACUCGCAUCAGUCAAUGCUUGGAUGAAGGGGCUAAGAUGUUCAUGUUGAAGCCAUUGAAACAGUCAGAUGUGAGGCAAUUGAAAUGGCAGUUGAUGAAACGCAGGAACUGAAAGUAGUAGAAAGGCAAUCAAGAAGAUUUGUAAUGAAAAAUUACCUUUUUACACCCACAUUUUGAAUUGGAAAGACCAA